UAGAGCGCUCGUGCUACGCCGUAACGCUACGCCGUAGACCUACGCCGUAGACCUGCUACGAAACGUUACGUUGUAACCAGUGAAUGUGAAAUUUCAAAUUGGUUUAAAAACUUUGGAUUGAAUUUUAUUUAACCGAACAGGAUCGAGUUGGGGGAGAAAAUGCUGUGUCAUACGGGCAAAUGGAACAGUAACUCGUGCUCACUAUGACAGGACAGGCAGACAUAUUCGCAAAUUAGGUUUUAAAAUGGAGGAGGUUAUAUUGUCGCCCGGCAGCCGUCUAAAGCUGGCGUGAUAUGAACAACAGAAUGGCAUCAAAAGUCGCUGUCAUAUUGUGGCUAAGUGGAUGUGUCCUCGGCCUUCGCGACAUUCAACUGAGCGUGCCCGAAGCGGUGGGUGUUGGUGCGAGCGCCGUGCUCGGCUGCCGCUGGGCGCUCGACACGGGCGAAACCCUCUACACCGUCAAGUGGUACCACGGCGCUCAGGAGUUCUUCCGCUUCGUGCCCAAAGAGCUACCCAAUACCAGGGUCUUCUCGCAGACGGGGAUCAGUGUUGAUAUAUCGCGUUCUGGCGCGCAGCAGGUGGUGCUCCGGGCGGCGACGCGCGAGCUGAGCGGCCGCUAUCGCUGCGAGGUGUCCGCCGACGCGCCCUUCUUCCACACAGUGUACAAGAGCGCGACCAUGAGGGUUGUUGAGCUUCCCGAUAGUAAGCCGAAGGUGGUGUCACAGAAGAGCUGGUACUCCAUUGGUGACAUGCUGCGGGCCAACUGCACAUCCCCUCCGUCUGACCCACCAGCCAACCUUACGUGGUUACUCAAUGGUUACGAGAUCCGUGGUCUAGACAUACCACCGCCAGAAAUCGCCUUCGCCCGAGGACGGGAAGCGAUUAGCGACUCGUCUUUGGAGGAUGCCAAUAGAAUUAUAUUCAGUCCAUGGGACGCAAUCUCCGGUUAUGAGGAGGCCGUCACCGAUGUAAUUGACAUUCCCGGCAAUAUUGACGCUCUAGUGAGGGGAACGAAUAAUGGCGCUCAAGCGCUUACGAUAAGCGGGAAAGUCGCUCAAACGCAAGCUAUAAGCGAAGACGCUCAAGCGCUCGCGGUAAGCGGGAAAUUAGAAGGUCUCAAGCGGAGAGACCCCUCGCCCGCGCCCGAGCUCGCAGUCAAAAGUAAUAUCACCGAAGAGGAGAGAUCUAAUAAAACUUCUAGUUCCAGUCAACUUAUUAUACGCGUGCAGUCGUCGCAUUUUCAAAAGGGCCGAGUGAACGUGACAUGUGUGGCACAGAUCCUGUCCGCGUGGUCGGCGAGCGGCACAUUGUUGCUGGACGAAGAAAGGCCCCAGAUUGCCCCCGUUAUGGGCAGCAGAGAUUCCAAUUCUGGGCCGCGGUGCACGUCGCACGUCGUCUUCAUGCUGCUCUGCGUUGCGUUCACAAAGCAUUGGUCUAUCCGAUGAUGAGUGAUUGUUGAAAGAAACUCUAUUUUCUCAACUCGAUGUUAGACAAGUAAAUGGUUAGGUAAAACCAUUAUUAUAGUUGAAUUUGUUUAAAAUCUAUAACUUCAUGUGAUUUCCACUACGGAUGCAUUACCUACUGUGUAAAUUCUAGAACAUUGUACAUAGCAUUUUAGUAGUUGAUUCAUACAGGUAGAUCACGUUUUUUAAUCAUUGACUAGCAUUCCUAUGAUGCCUGUUAUAAGAUCAAGACUUUGGUUUAUUGGAAACCGAGUUUAGCAAAAGUUAAAAGGAAAAAGUUCACUAAAACGAUACACGAUCGAAGGCAUAAACAAAUACACAAUAUUUAGAGACUCUAAUAAUAUUUUUGGUUUUUCUAUUAACUUUAG